AUAAACCCUCCUCGUACGAACGGGGAUAUCAACUCUCUAGCAAUAUAUGAAGGCUCGCCGAGUGUGCACUUGCAAUAUUCCAUUCUUUGUGCUUCAGAAGAUUCACAGACACGCUAAGGUUGAGAAUUGUGGUGAACCCUACAUCAUACUGACGACCACAUUUUGAUCAAUACCAACAUCUUCGACGCCCAACAACAUAUUCUACGUCGCGAGCAAGCCGAGAGACGAGAACAAGCAAGAUGCCCGAUCAGAAGAAAUACUCAAACAAGCUCCAUGGCUCGCGAGUCCUCAUCAUCGGCGGAUCCUCCGGCAUUGGCUUCUGUAUCGCUGAAGUGUGUCUUGAGUAUGGUGCUCUCGUCUCGAUAGCCUCGUCCAACUCCUCCAAGAUCGAGGCCGCCGUUUCCAAAUUGCAAUCGACGUACCCGUCCGCCAAGUCCAACAUCCAUGGCCAGACAGUCGAUCUCUCCAAGUCCGAUACACUGGAGUCGGAACUGAAGACUCUCUUCGAACAAACCGUAAAGGUUAUGGGCGGCGAAAAGCUGGAUCAUGUCAUCUUCACCGCUGGCGACGCGCUUGCUACCAUGAAACUGGCGGACAUAACCAUGGAGAGCAUCCUCAAAGCUGGCCAAAUCCGAUUCUUUGCCCCUCUACUGGCUGCGAAGUUCGUCCCUGAACACGUUAAGAACUCCCACAAGAGCAGCUACACGAUUACCACUGGCAGCAUCAGCGAGCGACCCAUGCCAGAUUGGAGCGUCAUUGGUUCGUUUGCGGGCGGUCACCACUCCAUGGUUAGGAACCUGGCGCUAGACAUGAAGCCGAUCAGGGUCAACGGUGUCAGUCCUGGUGUGGUCGACACAGAGCUUUGGAGCAUGUCCAAGGAGCAGAGGGACCAGUUGAUGGAGCAGAUAAGCAAGAAAGUGGCGACGGGGACACCAGGAAAGCCGGAGUGGGUGGCUGAGAGCUUCUUGAGCUGUAUGAGGGAUUACAACAUGGACGGCGCGAUGGUCAGGACAGACGGCGGCGGUCUCUUCAUGUAG